AUGAGCUGUAGUAUGGAUGUUCAGAAGAGCGAAGAAAAUGAAAGCAGAUUUCUUAUUAGGGAUAAUAAUAAGAGAAAGCUCCAGAAAAUAGUAUCCAUUUUUUAUGCAACCAUCAUGAUGUACAUGGGAGUUGCAUGCAUCGAUGCUUUUUCAAAAUUUAUAGACUACGAACUUCUGUGUGUGAUAUACCUAUCGAUAUCCGGAGUAUUUGUAGCACUCCCAUGCAUCAAUGUAGUAGCAGAAGUGGUGGCCGAAGCAUGGGCGCUUUCAACAGAAGACUUGGAGAAGAGCAACGUUCUCCGGUGUGUAAAGAUGGUUCUUGACCUGGUCGUAAUUGGACUCAUAACCAAGGAAUGGUGGAAGAAAUCUCUUUUGUAUAAAAGAAUAGGACCGCAGAUGACCUCGAGGAUAAUACUUGCUGUACAUACUAUACUCCUGUCCCAGACAAUUCUCAGCGACCUGGAGUCGGCCUCGUUGACGGCGAUCCUGAGUGGAGCUCUGAUGAUGGUAGCAACGAAGAUAAUAGAAGAAAGGAAAAAAUUCAAAGAGUUGAACUCCCUUCUUAGAACCAUCAUUGGCUUCAUUAGCCAUGGAGUUCCAAAGUCUUUUCAGAAGGAAGUCAGCGCAGCCCUAGAAAGCAUACUUCCGGUGUUUGUUAUUGCGUCCUUGGCUGUAAUAGUAUCAGGAAUACUCAUGAAACUUGAAAGAAAAUGCAUGAAGAAUAUCAAACUCCCAAGGAAGACCUUGCUUUUUAUCUAUGGAAUAAUUCUCAUCCUGCUGGCCCUAUACAUUGCCAACGAUGGAAAGAAAAAGUCGAUUGAUAUCAUUAAUGAUUUGGAAGAUUCAUUUAGAAGAGCCGCUACCCAGAUCUUAGGGAAGACUUGGGUAUGA